ACAAACACCAAAACGCUUCGUAUCUUAAAUAGUGCCAGAAUCUCCCUCCCCUCUCUCUCCACUCAUCUCUGGUUUCUCUCAAAAUCUUCACCGUUUCGGUUAAUGGUUAGGGUUUCAUAAUUCCCAUUGCAAGAUGAUGCGCAAUUUUCACUCUCCAAUUCCAUUUCUUCUACUCGCUCUUCCCAAAAUAUGAAUUGAUUCAAUAUCUUCUUCUUUUCAGCGGGGCAGUUGUGAUUUGGAAAUGUAUGGUGUUUCUGAAACUCGGAACCUGGAUGCUUACUGGAUUGAAGGGGCUGAUUUAAAUUCACGCUUUGCAAGCCCGGGCUUUGAACAGUCUGGUGCAUUGGUUAAUGAAGGAGCUCCUGAAUUUGUUGACCAGAGCAUGUAUUACCCUUCUGCAACCAAUUAUGGGUAUUAUGGUACAGGAUUUGAACCACCCGGGGAAUGGGAGGACCAGCACAGGAUUUUUGGUAUAGAUGGUCCUGAUGUCCAGUACAUGGGUGGACAAAAUGAAAGUUUUCCAUAUGUAUAUUAUAGCUAUGGAUAUGCACAGUCUCCAUACAAUCCAUAUAAUCCGUACAUACCGGGUGCUGUGAUAGGAGUUGAUGGCUCAUCUGGUGGAGAGCAAUCUUAUUACACCCUCCCCAAUUACCAAGAUCCUGCUUCUUCACCUUAUGUUCCCGUUGUCCAACCUGACAAUUUUCCUUAUAAUUCUGCAAACUCGUUGUUUGGAGCCAGCGCUUCUGUCAAUAGACCUGAUGGAAGAGGUUUGAAACAUAAGUUCAAUUCAGCUUAUGGUAACUUUUCUAGGAACUCUUCACAACUUUUAUCAAAUCAGACAAGUUCCCUGGCCAGGGUAUCAGAAGGGCCGAGAGCUAAUGAUGGGUGGAAGCAUGAUUUGACACAUGAAAGUGUUUCUGGAAGUAGGUUUCUCAACAUAGCUUCAUCAGCUCUUCAUCAGGAUAGAGGUUCUGAUGCUUCAGUGCAACCUGUAAAUGCUAUUUCUAAUGGGAAUGCUAUUUCUCAUCGUAAUCAAUUGAAAGUAGCUGCUUCAAGUGAAUCCUCUCAUUUUGCAUCAAAUCCUAAUGGACAGUCUGCAGUUGGUAAAUUUAGGCCGAAGGUUGACAUAUUGAAAGUAUCAAAUGAUGGAAAUGGCAGCGCUGAUGUAUUGGGUGAGCAAAAUCGAGGCCCUAGGACUAGUAGAUCAAAACUCCAGCUGUCUGUGAAAGCUUAUACAACCAAGGUAGGAGGUUGUAACGAGCAAGGGAACAUCAUCAUUUAUACCGAUCAAUACAACAAGGAGGAUUUCCCUCUUAACUAUGAUAAUGCAAAGUUUUUUGUUAUAAAAUCAUACAGUGAGGAUGAUGUGCACAAAAGCAUUAAAUACAAUAUGUGGUCUUCCACGCCUCAUGGAAACAAGAAGUUGGGAAAUGCUUAUGAGGAUGCAAAGAAACUAUCAGCUGAAAAAGCAGGAGUCUGUCCAAUCUUCCUAUUUUUUUCUGUUAAUGCUAGUGGUCAAUUCUGUGGAGUUGCAGAGAUGAUUGGUUCAGUUGAUUUUAAUAAGGAUAUGGACUUCUGGCAGCAAGAUAAAUGGAGUGGGAGCUUUCCUGUAAAGUGGCAUAUCAUAAAAGAUGUACCAAAUGCACAUUUUAAGCACAUUAUUCUAGAGAACAAUGAAAACAAGCCAGUAACUAAUAGCAGAGAUACACAAGAGAUAAUGUAUUUUAAAGGAUUGGAAGUGCUGAAAAUAUUCAAAAGUCAUACUUUGAAGACAUCUUUGCUUGAUGACUUCAUGUAUUAUGAAAACCGUCAGAAGAUCAUGCAGGAUGAGAAAGCCAAACUCCUUAUCAGAAGUGUAGAAAGUCCAUUAUUCGUACAAGCAUUGGAAGCUCCUCAAAAGUUGGCUGCUGGCAAACCUCCCAGCAAAUACGAGAAGAAUUUAAAGAUCAAGGAUGAUUCUGAUAACUUAAACCAGAUGUCCAUUUCAAGCUCUGAGCAGAACAUCCAGAAUUCUGAUGUCCCCAACAGCAAGUCUGUGAAUGAGCAGGCUGAGAAAGUUGCUGUUCAUGAAGAUAUUUCUUCUAUCUUAAAGAUUGGUUCAGUCUCUAUUACCCCAAAGCAGGUUGAGACAAAACAAUCUGGCAUUGGUAACAGAGAACAAAUUGAUGUUCUUACUGUAGGUUCAAUGCCCAUUAAAGUUAAUGGGUUUGCCGGCUCUUCUGGUUUCUUGAGAGUUGGAAGUAUACAACUUAACCCAAAAGCUUUACGACCUUGAAAGUUGGAAGUAUACAACUCGAAAGCUUGCUUUUUAGUUUGUCAUCUGUUUUGGUCAAGUUGGGUUGAUGUCUCUUGAUUGUAUCAUGCAGUUAAGAAGCUGUUUCUCUUUGAUCUAUUUCUGUUUCUAAUGCAUUGAUACAAAGGCUUUUCCAAUUGUCAUAGGUUUUCUAGCUGCAGUGUUGACUCCUAAAACUUCCAAAAGUUAGUCUUUCUUUUCGCAUACAUACUUGAGUCAGUUUUCUCUGAAUUUCAUCCAAUCUCUUGUGGGGAAGCAUGCAGAAAACUUCUCUCCACUUUCAUUUCAUGUUAUUAUAUUCACAAUAUCUAUCUUUGUUGCGUUGUUAAGAAUGCAUGUGUUCCAUUUUGAUUAUGAUUUAGUUUUGAAGAUGUUUGAAAUGUAGUAUACAACUGAAUGAGAGUUAUUCUUUAACAAUAGUAAAUUCUUUUGGUC